GGCGCUCAGUCGUCGGCGCUGGCGGCUGCGAGCGGUCGCGCCGCCUGAGCCACCCCGGAGCCGGCGCCGAGUGCGGCGCCCGCAGGAGUCCCGUCCCCGCGCCCCCGCCUCCCGGCCCACGGUCGCCCGCCAUGUCCACCUUGCUGGAGAUCAAGAGCAGCGUGCUCAGGCAGGUGCAGGUGUGCCCAUCCUUCCGCCGGAGGACGGAGGAGGAGCCGGCCAGCAGCAGCGCUGACCCGCCAGAGCCUGCGGCCGGGGCCUGGAAACCCGGAGAUGGUGUGGAGUUCUUCGCCCAGAUGCGCCUCAUCCUGAAGAAGGGGGAGGGCAGACAGGGGCUGCCGUGCCCUGAGGUCCUGCUGCGCAGCCGCUCACCCGCCCCCGCAGAGCCCGUGGACCCCAGCCGUGGCCUGAGAACUCUGAGCCAAGAGGAGGUGGACAUGCUCUAUGAGGAGGCCCUGUACACGGUCCUUCACCGCGCAGGCACCAUGGGCCCCGACCAGGUGGAUGACGAGGAGGCCCUGCUGAGCUACCUGCAGCAGGUGUUUGGCACCGGCCCGGAGGAGCAUGCCUCGGCUGUGGAGCGUGUGAAGAAGGCCAAGGCGCCCACCUAUGCCCUGAAAGUCUCUGUCAUGCGUGCCAAGAACCUGCUGGCCAAAGACCCCAACGGCUUCAGUGACCCGUACUGCAUGCUGGGCAUCCUGCCGGCCUCGGGCGCCGUGCAGGAGCCCAGCCCACACAAGGAGCAGCGCUUCAGCUUCCGCAAGGGCAGCAAGCGAGGUGGCCCACUGCCAGCCAAGUGCAUCCAGGUCACCGAGGUCAAGAACAGCACCCUGAACCCCGUAUGGAAGGAGCACUUUCUCUUUGAGAUCGAGGACGUGGGCACAGACCAGCUGCACCUGGACAUCUGGGAUCAUGACGAUGAUGUGUCCCUGGUGGAAGCGUGCAGGAAACUGAAUGAGGUCAUCGGCCUGAAGGGCAUGAGCAGGUAUUUCAAACAGAUUGUCAAGUCUGCCCGUGCAAAUGGGACAGCGGGGCCCACGGAGGACCACACUGAUGACUUCCUGGGGUGCCUCAACAUACCCGUCCGGGAGGUGCCUGUGGCUGGAGAGGACCGCUGGUUCAAGCUGGAACCACGCUCUAGCGCCUCCCGGGUGCAGGGCGACUGCCAACUGGUCCUCAAGCUGAUCACCACACAGAGGGACACGAACAUGAGCCAGCGUGGGCGGUCGGGCUUCCUGUCGUACCUGCUGCUGCUCAGCCGUCUUCUGCAGUUCGAGCACCGAGCCGAAGAGCCCAACUCGAGCAGCUGGCGCGGCGAGCUCAGCGGGCCUGCGGCCACCGUGCUCUGCCUGCACGGCGCACAGAACAACCUGUCGGCGCUGCAACUGGCUGUGCUCUGCCCUGAGCCUGGGCUGCGGCCCCGCAGGCACUGGCAGGUCAGCAGCCGCCACCAUCAGACCCGCACCCUGGACUACGGCUACCUGCUGGGGCUGCUAGAGGACCUGCAGGCGCACUGGGAGGAGGCGGGCUCGCUGCCUCAGGAGCAGGAGGAGGGCCUAGCAGACAGCUUCUCUGCCUUCUCUGAGUUUGGGCUUCAGCUGCUGCGACAGCUCCGGGACUACUUCCCUGCCAGUAACAGCACAGCCGUCUACCGCCUGGAGCUGCUGUUGAAGUGUCUUGGCAAGCUGCAGAUCUUCCAGCCUUCGUUUGAGAUCUGCCCCUUCGAGACGGAGCUAAACAUGGACAUUGCUGCUGCCCUGAAGAGAGGCAACCGUGAAUGGUUUGACAGGCUCCUGAACACCCAAAGUCCUCGUGAGCAGCCAGGCCCACAGCGCCUCGCCGGGCUGGUCAAGCUGGCUGACGCCGUCUACGAGGACCUGCAGUCCUGCUAUGGCAUCUACGCCAGCCUCUUCCACAGCAUCAUCAAGGUCGACUUCUUCACCCUCACCUUUCGGCAGCUGGAGCGUCUGGUGGCUGAAGAGGCCUGGGUGCUGACAGAGGAGCUGAGCCCCAAGAUGACCCUGGAGGUGGCCUCAGGGCUCUUUGAGCUCUACCUGACCCUGGCGGACAUCCAGCGCUUUUGGAGCAGCAUUCCGGGCCGGGACAGCCGUUCCCUCGCCCUGGCUGGCAUCCACGCCCCAUUCCUGCCCGCUGUGAAGCUUUGGCUGCAGGUGCUGCGGGAUCAAACCAAGUGGAGGCUUCAGGGAGCCGUGGAGGUGGACACAUUGGAGCCCAUGGAUGCCUCCUCCAAGCACAGCAGCUCUGCAGCCACUGCCAGCCUCUGCUUCAGCCACAUCCAGGAGCUGUGGGCCUGCCUGGCAUGGCCUGACCCUGCCCAGGCCCAGAGACUAGGCGCCCAGCUCAGCCAGGACCUGUGUGAAGCCGCCCUCUUCUACACAGAGCUGCUGCGAAAGAAGGUGGACGCUCAGCCUGGGGCAGCCGGAGAGGCAGUGAGCGAGCCUCUCUGCGUGGUCCUCAACGACGUGGAGCUCCUCCGCAAGGCUGCUGGCCAGGCACUGCGUGGCCUGGCGUGGCCAGAGGGGGCUGCAGGGCUGGAGGGCACACUCCCACGGCCCCUGCUCAGCUGCACGCAGGCCCUGGACGAGGACCUGCAGCGGGAGGCCCGAACCGUGACGGCACACCUGACCUCCAAGAUGGUGGGUGACGUCAGGAAGUAUGUGCAGCACGUCAGCCUCUCGCCCGACUCCAUCCAGAAUGACGAGGCCGUGGCCCCCCUCCUGAAGUACCUGGACGAGAAGCUGGCUCUGCUGAACGCCUCGCUGGUGAAGGAAAAUCUAAGCAGGGUGCUGGAGGCCCUCUGGGAGCUGCUGCUGCAGGCCAUUCUGCAGGCUCUGGGAGCGAACCGAGACGUGUCUGCCGACUUCUACGGGCGCUUCCACUUCACGCUGGAGGCCCUGGUCAACUUUUUCCACGCUGAGGGCCAGGGUCUGCCCCUGGAGAGCCUGAGAGAUGGAAGUUACAAGAGACUGGAGGAGGAGCUGCGCCUGCACCAGUGCUCCACGCGGGAGUGCGUCGAGCAGUACUACCUGGACAAGCUCAAGCAGAGAUCCCUGGAGCACAACCGGUUCGGGCGCCUGAGCGUCCGCUGCCACUACGAGGCGGCCGAGCAGCGGCUAGCGGUGGAGGUGCUGCACGCCGCCGACCUGCUCCCCCUGGACGCCAACGGCCUAAGCGACCCCUUUGUGAUCGUGGAGCUGGGUCCGCCGCACCUUUUCCCGCUCGUCCGCAGCCAGAGGACCCAGGUCAAGAGCCGGACGCUGCACCCCGUGUACGACGAGCUCUUCUACUUCUCCGUGCCCGCAGAGGCCUGCCGCCGCCGUGGCGCCUGCGUGCUGUUCACCGUCAUGGACCAUGACUGGCUGUCCACCAACGACUUCGCGGGGGAGGCAGCCCUGGGCCUGGGCAGCGUUAGCGGCGUCGCGAGGCCCCAGGUGGGAGGGAGCGCGAGGGCCGGCCAGCCGGUCACCCUGCACCUGCGCCGGCCGCGAGCCCAAGUGAGGUCGGCGCUUCGGAUGCUGGAGGGUCGCCCCAACAAGGAGGCGCAGGAGUUUGUCAAGAGGCUCCGGGAGCUGGAGAAGUACAUGGAGGCGGACCCCUGAGCCCUGCAGGCGAGAGCCAAGCCCUCCCCACGUCCCCGCGCUGUUCUUGCCUUGUGGUCAGCUCUGUGCAGCCGGGCCGCGGCGCCCUCCCCCGCUUUAUGGUGUGUUCUGUGGCUGGACUCCCUGGCUCCCUUCUGCCCCCCGCCACGUCUGUGCUGUGACCCCUGUGCUCAGUACGCCCUACCCUGCUGGAUCUGGACAGCCGACUGGGCGAGUCCUGGCCACCAGCUUCAUUGGGAGGGCUCUGAGGCAGGACCCAGAGCAAGACUGGGUAAGAAGCGCCAGGAAAGAACCUGGUCAGAGUCCAGUCCUGCUUGCAGCUGCACGGCCUGAGGCCGCCAGGCCCGUUUGUGUUCCCACAAGCUGCACUGCCGUCUCCAGAUGUCCUUGUCAUUCCGCCUCCAAAAAUAUACCUCUGCAACUUUCAGUC